UUUGGCGCGUUUUUGAUAAAUUUCUUGUUGUCCAAGUUUUCAUGGUAUCGCGCCUCCGACAUGGAGGUCAUGUGAAAUUGAUGCAACACGACGUCUUAUUAUUUUCGUUCGUAAUCUCAUCGCCUUUGGUUUACUAUCUUUUUGGUGUGUUUAACGUGUUAACUCGGAUCUGUAUUACUUCCAGUCGAGCUGCUCUAACUGCUUGUUCUCGUUAUCAUCUCAGCGUGAUGAAUGAAAGAAUACUCGUGUCUUGAUUACCCAAGUGGAAAACAUGCUCAGUCCUCCUUUCUUUUUUUUUUAUUCUUGUUGUUUGGUGUACGACUGUGACUUUUCUGAUUGCCUGUGAGCUUAGCUGGGUUCGAAAAGGUCUCCCACUGUUGUGAUAAAUCUGUCACCCCCUGCUGCUUUGUCAGAAUUCAUCCAGUGAAAACCUCCCCGGCUGCUGCUGACGAAAAGAAAAUCUUUUGAUUAACAUUCUUGGACCUGCGACUUUGCCAGCCAAGCCUAUUGUGUUCUAAUCAGGACUGUUUCUUUGAUUGAACAAGAUGGAUUUCGACAAUCUGUUCACCCAGAUCUGUCACGACCUGGAAGAGGCUGGUGGAGUCAGUGAAAUGUCUGCUCGAUUCUCCACUUGCACAAGUGAUGCUCAGCGAAUCUCUUUCAUCAUGGCAACAACUGCUGUGGGAAAACGCCUCCAAGAGCCACUAGAGCUUGCGAAACAAGAAAUGUGUUCACCUCCCAAAUGCCAAAGCCUCUCUGCUAGUCAUCGAGCUGAAGGAAACAAUCACUACCAGAAGAAACUCAACUGGAAAGCAAUCUCCUCUUACAAUCGCAGCGUGAUGGUUGGCGAGGGCGAAUCAUUAGCCCUGGCGUACGCCAAUCGAUCGGCCGUGUUCCACGACAUGUCAGACUGGCUGCACUCUUUAAGAGAUAUACAACUAGCCCUUGACCAAGGCUAUCCGAAGCAUCUUGAGCACAAGUUACGCGAACGACAGGGCAAUUGCUGGCAGGAAUUGGGACACGUCACUCAAGCAUUCAAGAGCUUUAAUCUGGCCAAAGAAUUGCUGGCGUCGGCCGGCCAACAGCACAAGGACAAGCUCAUUAGCAUUACGUCAAAGAUAAGAAAACUGGGCGACGUUAUGGAGGUCACUGAAUGCAUGUCAAAUGCCACGUCCAUCGAACAAGAAAUCAUUAAGAAAAGGAGAUUGGCGCCCGAGCUGAACCGGGACAGGAACAUUCUAUUGCCGGCCGCUUCAACGUCAAUCGAACUAACGGAUUCGGUCGAUCGGGGUCGUUGCCUGGUCGCCACUGAAGACAUCCACAUAGGCACGACGGUCAUCGUUGAAAAGGCCUUCGCUUCCAUCCUACUGACGGAAUUCAAAGAAUCGCAUUGCCAUCAUUGCCUUCACUGGACACCCGGACCCGUACCGUGUCACCGAUGUUCUCAGGUGGGAUUUUGCAGUACGGUGUGUCGGGACGAAGCGUGGGCCGCUUACCAUCGAUCCGAAUGCGGAUUGACAGAUGUGUUCCGUCGCACACGAGUUGGCAACAAUGGACUGCUGGCCGUGCGCACCGUCCUCAAGACGGGCCGUCAGAAGAUCUUGAUGGCCGAACAGCAGCAAGAAUGCAUUGAUAAGGUGUACGAUUCGAGCGAUUACGGCACCAUCCAUCGGCUCGUUGGCAACACGUCGCGACGCUCUGUUGCCGAUCUCUUCCGCAGGGCCGUCAUGGCCGUCUAUUUAACGAGUCUGAUGCAACCGGAUAACGAUCCCGAUCAAGUGCUGGCCGCGGCCGUGCUCCGUCUUCUUCAAAGUUACCCGUGCAACGCACAUGAAAUCGGCCAUUUGGCCGUUCCGCUGCCCGGCACGUCCCGCCGAGCGCAUCAUCCGCUGCAGCAGUUUCGGCUCUGUGAAAUCGGAUCGGCGGCCAUGCCCGUGUUGAGCCUCAUCAAUCACUCGUGCGAUCCGAACGUGGUCCGCGUUUGUUACGGCGACGUCAUCGCCAUCAAAGUCAUCCGCCGGAUCGCCAGAGGGGAGGAGCUGCUGGACAAUUACGGCUACCAUUACGCCCUGCACGAGAGGAGCGAACGCCAAGCGAGCCUAUCCAAGCAGUACUACUUCCGGUGCGAUUGCCGGCCGUGCCAGAAGGACUGGCCGCUCUACGCGGACUCGCCUCGGCUGGCCAACAGGCCGGACUUGUCGCGGGUCGUCGAUCGCUACGUGAAACUGGCCUGGUGCGACCCGGACGGCCCUCCCGAAGCGUCUGAAAUAGCGCCGUUGUUCGUCGAGUGUUUGGACGCCAUGGAGACGUCGGUCCAGCUGCCCGUCCAGGACUACAGCAACGCGCAAGAAGGUUUGAAACAUUAUUUCGCUUUAUCAGCUACUUUAAGUCGCCAUCUUGUUGUUUGAACUCUCCCGCCCAUCACAACACGCCAAUGCGCAUUUGUUUUUGAUGCAUUGACGUCAUCGUGUGUGUGUGUGUGUGUGUCUCUUUGGUUACAUCUCGUUCAUAGUUUAGACAAUGGAUUCAGCUUAAAAACUCCCCGCUUUUUAAAAAAUGAUAAGAGUCCGUGAGGCGUAGACGUAAC